GGGUCGUCGCGGCCUACGACACUCAAGACAGACCCUCUCGCCCAUCACCGCGCGCCGUCCACGCCUCUUUUCCCUCCCACCACCCCCUCCGCCCAACGACACCGCAUCCGCGCCGCUGCUGCACCGGCUCGCGGCUUCCGACCACCCCACUGGACUCGCCGUCCAUGACGCGUGGUGUUUUGAUAUAUUCGCAUUCCACGGAAACAACCUAAACCGCUCAGAGAUCGGACAACAAGGUCAUCCUUAUCGCUGUCCGACCGACUGUGCGCGCGCGCCCUCUUCAUGUGGUGCUCCCGAUAGUCGCAGCCUGGUGUGGUUGUUUGCGACCGACGCAUAUCAAACGCCAAACGCGCCUCCACCCUCCCGGCCACCAGUUCACCCAGCGACCGAAUCUUGCUGCCUUGAUCCCACGAAGGCACCGCGUAUACCACUGGACCAGCGUGUGCCCGCCAGACGCGACUCGUCGCAGAACACAUAUCAACACCGCGCGCACCCCGCUUUGCGCACGCGCCGCCCGCCGACCGCCAUUGUCGGCGCGACCCAACUCGAACCACCUUCACGAUAUCAGCGCAAAGGUAGAAGACCAUGGAGCUCGAGUACUCCCCGCGCCACUCGCCUGGAGGCUCGAUGCACAUGCUGUCGCCUACCCACCCGCGGAGUCCACAAUUUGACGGCUUCACGACCAUCCGGCAAAUUCGUCGCUCACUGUCUCGCUCGCCAUCCAAGCCCUCGAGGUUCGCACUCUUGACUAAGGGUAACACACCGAAUGCGCCCAUGUCACCCGCGCCGCGGUCGCCAUCGGGACUCAGUCGUGCGUACAGUGUAGACCAAACCCAUAUCGACACGCGCAGCAAGACCUCAGCUCAGCGUUCUGGGGCAGCACGAACACGAUCGCGCAAAACAUCGCCUAACAGCCCGCUGCGACGCGCGCUCAGCGACAAUGUCAAUCACGCCAACGUAAACGCUCGCUACUCAACGCGCCGGGCAUCCACAGAGCAAGACCAGGAGAACAUGGAUUGCUCCGAAGACUCAGUGAAGGCUGUACCAGACCUCCGCGCCACAGACCCCAUCAAACUCGACUUCGGCAGGCCAGGACCUGAAAAGUUUCUCCAGCCCAUCAUGCGAGAGCAUGCAUCGCCGAUGAAGUCGAGUCCGCUAAAGCGAAGCGAUGGAGUCAUGAAUUUGGAGGCUGCAAGCUUUGGAAGCCCUCGCAGUAGCAAGCGUAGGAGCUUGCACAGCGCAUCCAGCAUUGACUUCAACAUCUUUGAGCAAAGCUUCGAUGGCGCACAAUACGAUGGCUCCGGGCCCACAGAAGACGACGGGGACAAGGAGGCUGCACCCACUUUCACCUGGAACAUGGCUCAACCUAGCUCACCGCCAAGACGGCCUUUCAGUCUGCGUAAGACCACCUUGUCGCAGCGAGCGGGCUCUGGUCGCAAGAAUCUGUUCGCAGACUCCAUGCGCGAUUCUGUCAUGAGUCCUUCAAUGACCCGAACACGUUCGAGAUUCUCACUCGAUGGUUCGCUGCCAUUGCGCACUUCCGACGCGGACUCCCCAUUCAGAAGGAGCUCUGCGAGCGACCCUCCAGUCCUGUUUCCCGCACCCUCACAAAAAUCUCUCCAGUCAGCAGCCAAGCCACAUCCACUGUCUCAUGCCCUGACGCCAUCGUCUUCUACCUCGAGCGUGUCAGAUGAUGGGACAACGCCUCCUGGAGAACCACCAGUUGCGCCAACUGAGAGCUUCAUGGCAAUGCCCAUGGAUGCACCAAGAAAACUUCCUGGAUUUUCGAAAUCACUUCCUCUCGGUGCUCUCCGCCCGAAGCUACCAGAUGGACCUCCGAAUGAUGCGCAUGCUACGCCUGCAAGCUACAACAUGGCGAAGCCAUUGCCACAAGCAUUCAUGUCCACGGGGCUGAUCUCCAAGAAGCAUCGCCACAUUGACGGCGGUCCAGAGGCCCUCUUCAAGAGCACCAACAUGCCAGACACGCCAUCAAAGAAACAGCCGCUAAUGCAUUUCGGCGGCAGUCCAGCGCCAUCUGCUUUGGGAAAACUUGCCCGUCCUAUGCAUGAAUUCGGAAGCCCGAGUACACCUUUCAACGGCAGGAUUUCCAAGAUCUCGCCCGAGACGUUCGGGAAAGGCGUCAACAUCUUCGGAUCAAACACCAAUCAGCCUCAGUUGACCCGCAAGAGCUCUUUUAUCAGUCUUGAUGGAGACGAACCCAUCGAUUCGCCGACUCGCCAUCUGGAUGGUCAGGCGAUCGGUGACGAUCUUCCACCCACGCCAACCAAAUCCACAACUUCGGUGCCCAGGCCUCAGUCUAAGGGCAAGAGUAACAGCUUGCGCAGCAGUUUGUUUGGAAGGAGAACCUCACUUGGUCCGGACACGUUUGCCUCCCCCGCUGACCGCGAACAGUCACCAGCGGCAGAGGACGAAUCACCGAGCCCCAUGGCAAUCAAGCAGAUUGAGCGUAAGCAAUCUCCGCACACGCCGUUUGAGUCCUUCACGCCUCCAGACCCAAGCAGUCUGUCGAUAUCCGUGGAAAACCGGGCCUCUUUACCAUUCAACAGCUGCAGUUUCCCACCCGCGACUCCCACUGGACCUCGUGGCGAUUCUUUUGCCUUCAGUCUGGGACAGAGCAACGCGACAUCUGGCUAUUUCCAGAAUGACGUGGAUACGUCGCUCACCUCGCGAUUCGGGCAGGUCAAGUCCGUUGGCACUGGCGAGUUCUCGCAAGUCUACAAGGUCGAGAAGCCCCUUCACGUGUCGGCAAAGCAGCAAAAUUCGAGCCCGGGCCGUCUUGUGUACGCCGUCAAAAAAGCCAGGAAGCCCUACACUGGUGUCAAAGAUCGUCAGCGCAAAAUGCAAGAGGUGGUCGUUCUGCGUGCGAUGCAAGGUCAUGAGCAUAUCGUGCAAUUGGUCGAUCACUGGGAGUCUAAGAACCAUCUCUACAUUCAGACCGAAUACUGUGAGAAUGGCAAUUUCAUGGACUUCCUGACAGUAGCGGGCGACAAGGGCAGACUCGAUGACUUCCGCAUCUGGAAGAUCUUGCUGGAGUUGUCGCAAGGGCUGAAGGCUAUCCACGAUCAGAACUUCAUCCAUCUCGACCUCAAGCCCGCCAACAUCUUCAUCGACUGGGAAGGUCUCCUCAAGAUUGGCGAUUUCGGCAUGGCGAGCACAUGGCCAGCACCUGCCGAUCUCGACGGCGAAGGCGAUCGCGAGUACAUCGGCCCCGAGGUACUCUCUGGCCGCUUCGACAAGCCCGCCGACAUCUUCUCGCUCGGUAUGAUCAUGCUUGAGAUUGCCGGUAACAUCGAACUUCCCGAAAAUGGCGCUUCGUGGCAACGUCUUCGUGCUGGUGACCUCAGCGAUCUGCCGAGCUUGACAUGGAGUUCCGACAGCCUGCCCAGAGAUGAUUCGGGUGAUCCGAUCAAUCUGCUGAACGGAUUGUCGACUGAAUCGCUUGUCACCUCACAGCAUGGCGAUGACGAUGAUCUGAGCUUCCUGCGACCGGCGCCACCGCCCAAGGCUGCGCGCAACCAUGACUUGGUCACCCCGCCCAAGUUCAUGGUGGAUUCCACUGAUGACGGAGCUCUUGAGAAGAUUGUGCAAUGGAUGAUCUCUCCAGACCCAGAUCAGCGACCGACCGUGGAUCAGCUCUUAUCCGUACAUGGCGUGCAGUGGGUUGAGCGACGCCGCCGUGCAGGCGCCACCGUGUACGAAGGCACAUGGGGACCGGCCGACGAUGUUCUGAACCAUGGCCAACAGGACGAUGUGGAAAUGAUGGACAUAUGAAUAGAGGAGGAACAUACGGGAAGGAGGAAAGAAAGAGAAGAGCACACUGGCACGAUUCAUGAACUAAUACCACUGUCUAUUUUGCAUGCAACAAAAGUAUUGAAAGCAUCCCUUACUGCGCAAUGGCGGCGACGGCGACGCACGCGCCCCUUGCUUUGCUUGGCUUGCAUUUGGAUGUGGGAGCACAUGGAAGAAAGAGCGCGAGGGAUUUGAGAAGAGUUCCGAGGCUUCUUAUCGCUAUUAUCAUACGACACAACAGUGAUCAACGAACAGUACGGAGGUUAUGAGGACACGGCAGAAGACACCAGUAUGGGAAUUGGGAGGGGACAAAAAGGAGCGAGCAGGCGAGCGAUU